AUGAACGCCUUCAUGGUGUGGUCCCGCGGCCAGCGGCGCAAGAUGGCCCAGGAGAACCCCAAAAUGCACAACUCGGAGAUUAGCAAGCGGCUGGGCGCGGAGUGGAAGUUGCUCUCCGAGGCGGAGAAGCGCCCUUACAUCGACGAGGCCAAGCGGCUGCGGGCGCAGCACAUGAAGGAGCAUCCAGACUACAAGUACAGACCCCGGCGCAAGCCCAAGAACCUGCUCAAAAAGGACAGCCAGUUCAGCUCCAGCGCCAUUCAGAAGAUGACUGAGGUUCCUCACACCUUAGCCACCAGCACCCUGCCCUACGCCUCCACCUUGGGAUACCAGAACGGGGCGUUUGGCAGCUUGAGCUGCCCCAGCCAACACACCCACACUCACCCCUCGCCAACUAACCCGGGCUAUGUCGUGCCAUGUAACUGUACCGCUUGGUCGGCUUCCAGUUUGCAACCUCCAGUUGCCUACAUAUUAUUCCCAGGCAUGACCAAGACUGGGAUAGACCCCUAUUCUUCAGCACAUGCGACUGCCAUGUAACAUCCACCCACACCCCCACAGGCGUGUGUGCCCCCCCCCCCCCCCCCCCCGGGUGGCAGCCGGAACUGGGAUUCCUUCGUAUGCAUGUACAUAAAACCUGCAGAAGCAAAAGGCCACCCGAAACAGGACUCUGCUGCCCGCCACCGGGCCGGGACAGACGCGGACUCUGCCUCGGGGACUCGGAGAUGCUCUCACCUAAACCUCGUCCUGAGAGCUGGCCCCAGGCUCGGGGGGGAUCUGCAAUCGCGGGGUCAGAUAGGAGCCCGGCACUUGUAAGAGUUGUAAAUGUGUUUAAACAAACAAACAAACAAAAAACAAAACAAAAAAAAAACCAAAAAAAAAAGAAAGAAAAAAGGAAAAAAAAGCGAACCUUGAACUGCCCUUUUGGGACAAAGCGGGGGAGAAAAAGGGGGGGGGGGGGAAGAGAGAGAGGCGGUUUCGAUUUUUUAUUUAUUCUCUUAAUGUCUAUGAGCUCUCCAGGGUCUCAUGUCACUUGGACUUGACUUUGGGAAGUCCCGGUCUUACUAUGGUUUUUUUUUUUGUUGUUUUCUUUUUGCACAUUAAAAGAUGAGAUCAGCUGUGUUAUAUAUAUAAAUAUAUAUAUAUUUUGCCACCACGCACUACUAGGUAAAAUUGCUUUUCACGUCAGAAAAAGGGUCUUCAAAGUUAAAAAAAAAAAAAGAGGGGGAGAAACAUUUAUAUUUAAAACAUAUGAUAGUGUUUGCUUAAUUUAAAACAGAUAGUCCUUAAAUUUGUGUGAUCCAGUGAGACUAGAUCUAAGUUUACUUUAGACAGAGCGUCAGGUAUGAAGUCAGGCAGUAGAAUUGUAAAAAAUUAAUAAUACUAAUACUACUACUAAUAACGAAAACCCGAAUGAAAACCGACGGUAAUUUAAAUAUGUUUUCACAAUGUCUUGGGGAAGAAGAAGAA